GUAUUGGUUAAUUUAUUUUCUGUAGGGGUAACAAUCCUUCCGAGCAAAAGUCAACCUUUUAUAUUUCAUGAAACGAAGAUGCAGGAAGUGAAAAGCAAUAUCAAGGUAGCCUGCUUGAAAACGUUGAAAUUGAAUUAGAACAUAUUUAUGCUACAAUACAACAACUCAAAAAUAAGCCUCCAGACGUGAUCGAGCAUCAACUGCAUAUAUUGAUGACUGACACAGAAAAGAAGUUAAGUCUUGUCAACAAGAAAACGAAAUGGCAUAUAAGAAAUCCAUUUAAAAGUAAGGAUGUUGUUUCUUCUGGAAACGAUUGGCAACUAAAGCAAGAAAAUGAUCAACUAAAGCAGGAAAUAGAGGACCUCAGGAAGCUACGCGUUGACGAUAUUUAUCAACUUGAAAGGGAAGAAAUAAAAAACAUGGAGCUUCUUCUACGGCUUAGUAAGUUAGAAGGCGAGAAAUUAACAAAAGACGACCCAGCAAUAACAGAUCUAUCUGACACGAAUCAUCCAACUAAAGUUGGUGAAGUGUACAGAGAACUCCACGACAACGAAUGGACAGAUGCACUUCAAGGUCUUACAGGGGCAGGACAUGAUGAUGAGGAGGCAACAGCAACACUUUACCUGACGCUACUUAACAUAUAUGACUUUUGCAAGAAAAAGGCUGGAACUCUACUAGAUAAAAUUGAUGACACCGUCAACUAUCUGUUUGAAGAGUAUAAACGUUUACAAGAACAUCCAGAUGCAAACGAGACGAGCGUGACAACAAUGCCAAUGAAGCGGGUUUCUAACAUUCGAAAUUCAGAAAUUAGUGAAGACAGCAUUAACGAAAACUUCGAACUAAAUGAAAGGUGGAGAUAUAAAACUGGUCAUGAAUCUUAUACAAAAAGCUUUAGAGCAUCAUUAGCGUUCCAAGGCUCCGAGACCAUACUGGAUAAAUUAAAAGUUUUUCAGAAGGAAGUUGCCGAAACCAUGGUUCCCGUAGUUCAAAAGGCCUACAUAAAAGCAAGCUGGACGGAAGAUGACUUUGUACCUGCUUUGAAGCCAUUUAUUAGAAAAUGUAUAUAUGUUUGUUGGAUGAUGUUGGUCCAGUCACUACCUAUGUGUAUACAUGUUAUUGACGUAAACGAACAGGACACAUUUGACAAGAAUCUAUACAAGGAGUAUACAAACAGUGGACCAUAUAUUAAAUAUAUUGUUUGGCCAGCAAUGCUGUUACACGAAAACGGUCCUGUUGUCUGCAAAGGUAUUGCGCAAGGUUGCGAUUCAGAUUCCAAGCCAAAUAAUGAAAAUGUAUCGACAUGUUGAAUGCUGCAAGAUCUUGCAUGGAAAAGAAAUGACUUUAAAGUUUGAAAUUGUUUUAUGUUUUAAAGGAAUGACAAUUGUGGUAAAACCUUAGAAUAAGUGAUUGUAUAGAGGAAAAAAAAAACAAUACAUAAAAAAUAGAAAAUACAAGAACGAUAAUAGAAAAUACAAGAAGGGUAUGAAACCAUAUCCUAUGUCAAAUAGGAAAUACGAUAAUAGAAUGUUCAUGUAAAAAAAGAUAAUUUUCCAAAGAAUAAUGCUUUAUAAUAUUGUGUCGUAUUGUUUAUUUUUAGCAUAUAAUAGCAACUUAAGUAUCCAUAUGGCAAUAAGUUUACACAAUAUUGUAUUAUUGUGUUGUUGUUUUUUCCUACUGAAUACUUCAGUACUUUUCCCUUUGAGCUCAAAUGAUAUAUUGAAUAAAAUUUUAAAAUCAAAUUCAUCAUUGAAAUAUAUCAUAUUAUAUGUGCCGUAGAACAUAA